AUGGACGAACUACACAACAGACUUGCUGCCAUUCUGGAUGAAAACACCUCACUGAAGCGCAAGGUUGCCGAUAUGCAGCACACAAUCGACUCACAGCAGCACGAAUUGCUGACUGCAAGAAAGUCCCGUGACACAUCUGCACAUCUCAAGAGAAUAGCUGAGCUCGAGCAGGAAAACACUCGACUGAUAAGUAUGCACUGCUGCAAGCACAGCCAAUGCAAUCAAAACGUAGAAAACAUAAAUCAUAUGGCUCAAGAAGGUAAGAACGCCAUAAAAAGCAGUCCAGGCACAGAGUGCAGGAUUGAACCUGCUGCACACAAGCAUGAUGAGCCAGAUGAGCUUCGCAGAUACUUAAGGAUAAUCCGAGAAUACGUGACUGGGCUCACAGGCUACAAGAUGGAGUUCAAGGAUGGCGAGAUCAUAUUCCAUUCGCUGUAUGCAUUCAACACAGAAGAUGUGUUCAUAUUCAGAUACAAGUCAGGAAGCAUGGAACUCGUCAAUAACGAAUUUGCAGGAGCAUGGAAUGCAGAAAUCCAGAACUAUCUGAUUACAGGAAAGUCCAUUCCUGCAUUUCUUGCUGCCGUAACGCUGGAGUUAUUCAACAAAAAGACAUUUGGAUAG